AUGGCAAAUCCACAACAGCCACACGUUUUCGAGUUGAAACACCUGAAACACCAAAGAACUGUCAAGCGAAGAAGAAAAACAACAAACCCUGAUCGUUAUCCAGUAGAAGCCGCGAAAGGAGUUGUGUUCCAAACAAUCAAGAGUCGCACACGGCAGCGCCCCCGCUGUAACUACCCCUGGCUGCGAAUCGUGUCAUCCUCGCAGGGAACAUGGCAAUCGACUGGUGCCUCCGUCCCGCCACGGCGGCAUCCGCUUGCGGCAAGUCCUUUGACUGGAGGGCAUCCCGGCCGCCAAGCAGCUAAACAGCCAAAGAAGCGCCCAGGGGAGUCGUCGGCUGUUUCCGAUCAGGGUGGUGGGAUCCGUUUCCUGGUUUCUCAUAAGCUGGAUUCAAUCCUGGAACAACAUGGGCUUGUUUCCCUGGUGGGUCGUCGCGCGCUGAAGGUCACCGCCGCUAGGUUACAGGGUGCUUUUUAUUUUUACUCAGCUUCUUCAGAAGGCGACUUGAGAGUCGCCUUCUGA